CUAGUUUUCAUCAGUCCUUUCAUUAGUGUUGCUCAAAUCCAAAACCCCAACUUCUCAACGACGCUAAAGAUACUUUCUUCUCUGAGUUUGUAAUUAAUUAGACCAAAAAUAGUUACGAUCGAUCUUAAUUUGCAAUUGUCGGCUGGCUUUAAAAGCUAUAAACAUUACGGUACUCUACAUCAAAGGGAAUUACCAACAUGGAAGAGAACAUCGAAUCCUUUAAUGAAGAUAAACUUUCUUUGAUCUUCUCAAACCAGUCUGAACUACUGAAAAAUAUUAUUCCAUUCAAAAACUGGGUUAUAGGAAGGAAUGACAGGAAGGAGUUAGCAAUUAAAGCUGAGGCCCCAAAGCUUUUGUUAAAUUUAUUUUCUUCUAAAGAGGCUUCUUUACAAGAAAAAUAUGAGGUGUUUAUUGUACUAAAUUCGCUCAUGGCGAACGAUAAAAAAGCUUUUGUCCAUUUUUUGCGCCCUGAGGACCUUCUUUCUGUUAUUGAGUUACUUUCAGUAAAAGAUAAUGUUCCAAAAAACAUGCUUAUUAUAACCUUGAAGGUAUUUACGAUCAUGCUUAACUUUGAUCAAGCUGCCGAGUUCGUGACUCAAAUGCAUUUCUCAAGUCUCUUUAAUCGCCUGUUCGACUUAUACCGUUUGCCAUCACAGAAGAAAUAUCCUAUGUUUGAUGACAUCCGAAUCUCUUCUUUAGCUGCUUCAGUUCUGGACUAUUUGGUUUCAUCGAAAAACCCACAGGUGGAUUCGGUACCUUCCUUCUGUAAUACCGUAUUCUCUACUAUCGCUCAUACAUCAAAACUGAAAGAAUCAGUCAGGUACCGAUUUUUUAAAAGUUGUGAUACUUUGAUUGUUAAUUCACUCGCUAUAUUAAAUUCAUACUUCAAAGCGUUCUCCUGGCGUACGAACCUACCUCAAGUUAAUGAGUUUGGAGAGGAAGAUGAUUUUGAAAAACUGGAAAACUUGAAAAAAGUAAGGCUUGUAUUGUUUGGAGACAACAUGAGCGAACAAGUUUGUCAGCUGUUUAGCUUAGCUCGGGAAUAUCAUUCUCCAAUUCGAUUGUUGGCCCUCUCUUGUAUAGUGACUCUCUAUAAAAGCGGCAUUCUCGGAAAGAGUUCGGAAGAAGAAGUUAAGCUUAUAGUUAUCCCCAUUCUAAUUCGACUUUUCUCUCAAUCCCAAGAAACUCAACAGAUAGCACCUCGUCUGUUGGCAAUGUUGGUAAAUGAAAACGAAGCAAUGCAGAAGGUUGCAGCUAAUGCGAAUGUUAUAACAUUUUCUAAGGAACUACUGAAUAAAGUCGUGAAAUAUAGUAAUGAGGAAUUUCCCGUAACGGAGGUCAGUUGUUUAACUGAUGCUUUAAGGCUUCCAACUAAUAGAAAAGAACAAAAUGAUCUUAUAAUGGAGUCUCUUCUUUUAUUCAUUGCUGCCCUGACAACUUCCAAAGACGAAUAUAGGAAGAUGGUUGUGGAUGCCAACUAUUUGCCUAUUAUAGUUGAUGCCUUGUCUAACGAAUCAAAAAAUAUAAGAAAAGCUGCUUGCGAAUGCAUACUAAGCCUAACAAGGAGCGUAUAUAUUCUAAGGACGGGAUUGGCAGAGGCGGAUCUUAAUGAGCCAUUGAUGAAACUUUUGAUUGAUUCGGACGUGAGAGUACAAUCAUCAGCGAUGGCCGUAGUCUGUAAUUUACUAUUAAAAUUCUCUCCACUUCGUCAUAAAUUCUUAACGCCUGAAUUUAUUGACGUUCUGGUAGCAAAUACUACUGCCAAAGACAAGUCCUUGCGAAAGAAAGCUGUUUGGGCAUUGAGAAAUAGCGUUUAUGAGAAUGAUGAGAAACUGAAAAAGGGUAUUAUUCAAAAACUUGGACGCGAUAGAGUUCUGAAACUUUGUGAUGAUGAAGAUCUCGGUGUUCAGGAACAAAUUCUCCAAGUCUUUCGAAAUUUUGCGUGUCCCAAGGGUGAAGGUGUUUAUGAUUUUCUUGAAGUUGUAUCGUUACCAGUUUUAUUGAAUAUCCUUUAUCAGAAACUCUUGACACAGAACCCGACUUUGAUGGAACCUGGAAUUUUCACUUUGGUGCAUGUUGCUUCUAGUGACGAUGAAUUUCGAGAUAUUAUUUUAGAAGAUAAAAACAUGCUUUUGCUCGUAAAAGAUAUUAUGCUCAAGGAAGCUGAACGUUAUCGAAUUGAACAUGUGUCAGAUAAUUCCAGCUCGGCAGGUGAUAGCGAAAUGGAACUUCAGGAUGAUGAGUUUGAUUUGGAGAUGCGUCCUGCGUUUGAUGUAUUAGAAGAAGACACGUUAGAAUUAAAUUCGGGAAUCCUUUUAGCAGGAAUAUGGCUUUGCAUAAGUUUAUUAUGGUCAAACCAAGGAUCAACUCCUACUGAAGAGGAUAUCCAGGGAGCCAAAAUUUUACGCGAACUAGGAUUUGAAGAUUGCUUGUUUUUGCUACAGAACCAUCCAUCUCCUGAUGUCAGGGAAAGAGUAAAGGACGCUUUGGCUCGCAUCCAUGUUUUCAGUUAGUCUUAGAAAAGGAUGCUUGAAUUACAACUCUUAGGAACUCGCAUGCUCCACCAAAUCAAACACUGAUAACGAUACAGUUCUACGAUUUUCCUUUUUUUUUUAAACUUUCUAAUGAUAUAAUGAUUUAAUGAAGUUUAGAUGUAAAUAAAUGAAUGUUGUCUGCUUUUCAGAUGAAAGCUCAGCAAACCGCG